AUGUCAGCCCUCGACGUUGAAGCGCUCUUAGAUUCAACUGCCAACGCUACCCCAGUUGACCAGAACGGGGCAUCCAAGUCCAACGACCCAGACGAUCGGUACAAAUCUGAGCGUAACGAUCGUCGUGAUCGAGACAGGGCCCGCGAUGGCAGCAGAGAUCGUGACCGGGACCGAAAGCGAAGAGAUCGGAGUCGCGAUAGAUAUCGAAGAGAUGCGAACGGAGAUAGGGAGCUGAUCGGUACGCCUACAAGUGACCAUGGAAGUGCUCAUGGAAGUGUCAGGAGUAGACGCAGAAGUAGAAGCCGAGAUGAUGACCGCCGACACUCCCGUCGCCGAAGAGAUAGCCCUGACGACGGAGGCCGGCGAGAUGGAGAUUAUUAUAGAGGAGGCGGUCGCGCUCGCUCACGCUCUAGAAGCCCACAUAGAAACUCAUGGCGCCCACGAGGGGACCGCCGCGAUCGUGACGAUAUAGAUACCAGGUCAAGAGACGAUCGUCGAAGCCGAAAUGAAGGGCGCCGAGCAAGUAGAAGUCCGAAAAGAGAGAGUACACCUCCAUUAACAGAGGAUGAGCGGGAUCGCCGCACUGUGUUUGUUCAACAGCUGGCUGCUCGUCUCAGGACUAAAGAACUCAUAGCAUUCUUCGAGAAGGUCGGCCCUGUCAAGGAGGCCCAGAUCGUCAAAGAUAGAGUCAGUGGCAGAUCAAAAGGAGUUGGCUACGUUGAGUUUAAGAACGAAGAAUCAGUUCCUGCUGCUAUUCAACUCACUGGACAGAAACUCCUAGGGAUUCCCAUUAUCGCCCAACUCACCGAAGCCGAAAAGAAUCGCCAAGUUCGCAACCCUGAAGCCUCUGGUAGCAAUCCGAAUCAGAUUCCAUUCCAUCGACUCUAUGUGGGUAAUAUUCAUUUCAGCAUCACUGAAAGCGAUUUACAGAAUGUUUUUGAACCAUUCGGCGAGCUCGAAUUCGUUCAGUUGCAGAAGGAAGAACAAGGUCGCAGUCGAGGAUAUGGGUUUGUCCAGUUCCGUGACCCAAACCAGGCUCGUGAGGCUCUGGAGAAGAUGAAUGGGUUUGAUCUAGCAGGUCGACCAAUCCGUGUUGGUCUUGGCAACGAUAAGUUUACUCCUGAGUCUACCGCCACUCUUCUCCAGAGAUUCCAAGGCCAGAGCCACCAACAACAAUUCCAGGGUUCUGCAUUCUCCGGAGCUGGUGGACGUGGUCCUCAGGCCGUGGGAGGUAGCAAUUUCGACCGUGCCGGAGGCCGCGAUAAUGACAAGGGCGCAGGCGGUGCCAGUGCCUUGGAUGACACCGAUGUUGGUGGUGUAAAUUUCAACAACUAUAGUCGAGAUGCAUUGAUGCGGAAACUUGCCAGAACAGAUGAUCCUCCCGCGACGAAUGGCCGCGAUGAGAGGCGCGAGAUACUGAAACCCAAGACAGAGACCAAACCUCUGCCGGUCAAUGUCAAUAUGGCCAGCAGAUGCAUUGUGCUCAAGAAUAUGUUUGAUCCUGCCGAGGAAGAAGGUGAAAACUGGGAAAAGGAACUUGAGGAUGAUGUUCGAGCAGAGGCAGAGGAGAAAUAUGGCCACGUUGUUCACAUUGCUCUAGAUCCGAAUUCCCAAGGCGAUAUCUACCUCAAAUUCGAUCGGGUGCAGGGAGGAGAGAACGCUAUCAAGGGCCUGAACGGAAGGUACUUUGGCGGACGAAUGAUCAGCGCUACGCCUGUCGUGGAUGCGGUCUACCGCAGUUUGUUCUCACGCACCAAGAUGUGA